GGCUCGCUUCAAAUCAAGAGGCUUCAACAUCCUGUCGGGGCCGUCACCAUGCUAUCCGUUACACCUUCGCCCAUGCACAAGCGUGCAUAUAGUGAGACUGAGCAUUAGCAUUAGAGCAAGCGGUUAUUCCGUUAACUGGCACCUUGGCAGGAGCCGCCCCUUCACAACUUGGCAGCAAGCUUUCAAGUCUGCUUGGAAUGAACUUGAAAAGAGGCCCAUCAGCAGCCGCAACUAUAAUACUAACAUCAAAGACUGGACCUGCCACUGUGGUGCACAAGCCACCAACACAUUUCACCUUUGCAAACACCUCAUACAGUCUGCUGGGAAACCUCCUAUGGAAUUUUGGGAGGAUAUCCACCGGCGUCAUUUUAUGCCCCUCAGCCUCCCUGUAUCGGCAUACUCACCUCUGGAACCGUGACCAAGCUGCCAAACAAGGCAGCAUAUCUGACGGUGAUGACCAGGACCGAGAAGGGGUCCGACUUAGUCUAGCUAGCCUCAAACCUCAUGAAAUCAAGCGCACUCACUCAUCCUUAGCAGAUCCGACUCAAGAUUUGGAUCACUCAGCUAAAAAGCUAAAAUAUGACACUUCAAUCGCUCAUGCUGACAUCUUGAUUCAGGCACACAUGGAUGUCAACACCAAUCUCACCCCUGCUGGCAAUGACGAGGUUGUGAAUCUCCAUGGCAGCGAUUUAUCGGAUGAGGAUGAGAUUGCCGAGCUGCGAGCUCGUUUCAAUGAAUUGGGGGACUAUCUCAUUGAGGCUGGAGAAACUGUCCUCCAACAAGUUGAGAAGGAUGAGGGCGUUUGGAUGCGGGGUAUGGCAGGUCAUGAUCUGACUCGAAAAGCAGGGCCGAUUGUCGAGGAAUUUGUCAGAGUGAUGCGCAGAGCGGAGUGGAAUGGUUCAUACCUGGCUCCGGGGCAAGAGUCGCCAUGGCCGACAAGCCAACCUUGCAACAUUAGGAUCCCAUACCUCUAGUGACUGGGAUUCAAAUCCGGCUGCCUCUUGCUUCGAAGGUGACGACGAUGCCGCUGAUCAAUCUGUACCUAUUUUGCAAAGGCAUUUUCAUUGUUCACUUUCAUCCACCUUCGGCCGCUAAUAGCAUGUCAUUUUGCUUCUCGUUAUGAUCCCCGUUGACUAGUAUUUCAUUUUCCCACUAUUUCGCCACAAUACUAUGUAUUUCUUCUCAUCAAAUCCCCAACUCCACAAUCAAAUCAGUCACUCCUUGAGUCCGAUUCACACCUUGCGACAUAUGCUUUCUCUGACAAAGGAGUCAAGCAGGUUCUUAGAAAGAACAAAUUAAGGUAACCUUGAGUGCAAGAGAUAGGACGAACUGAGGU